AUGUCUUCAAAAUCUGGCAAAAACGGCAAGGUCGCCGACUCCCGUUUCGCAAAUUUCGAGACCGAUCCUCGGUUUCGACUUCCCUCCAAGAAGCACACCAAAACCAAGAUCGACAAGCGUUUCGCACAUGCACUAAAGGACGAAUCCUUCACAUCCGGCCCAAAAGUUGACCGAUACGGCCGCAAAGUCAAGUCCGACAACAAGAAGAAGGCGCUGAAGAACCUAUACGAGGCGGAGGACGACGAAGAAGACUCAGACGAGGGCGAGGGCAUCGAGGUCGAGGCCGAUGAUGUUGUCCAGCGCGAGCUGGCAAAGGCGGAUGCCAAGUACGACCCUGCUCGCGGUGGCGGCUUCUCCGAGUCCGAAUCCGAGUCUGAAUCUGAAGAUGACGAGUCCGACGAGGAAGAGACGGCUGUCGCUGACCCCAAGGCUUCCGUGUCGCGCCUGCGCGACGAAGAGGCUCAGGUCGAGGAGGGUGAGGUCACGAACCGGAUAGCAAUCGUCAACCUGGACUGGGACAACAUCAAGUCGGCCGAUCUGUUUGCUCUUUUCCACAGCUUCCUGCCUUCAACUGGCGGGCGCAUUGAAAAGGUUGCAGUCUACCCAAGUGAAUUCGGCAAGGAGCGCAUGCAGCGCGAGGAGCUGGAGGGACCCCCGAAGGACAUUUUCAAGAAGGAUGACUCCGAAGAGGAGAGCGAGGACAGCGAGGAGGAAGACGAGGCGAUUAAGAAGGAGCUGUUAGAGGAGGGCGACGCCGACGACUUCGACCACGAUGCGCUGCGAAAAUACCAGCUGGAUCGGCUGCGGUACUUCUACGCCGUCAUGACCGUCUCUGACAAGGCGACAGCACAGAAGCUCUACGAGGCGACCGACGGCACGGAAUACGCGUCUUCAUCAAACUUUCUCGACCUGCGAUUCGUACCCGACGAUACCACAUUCGACGACGAGCCUAGAGACGAGUGCGACAAGUUGCCGGAGGGAUACAAGCCUGUCGAAUUCACUACCGACGCCCUGCAGCACUCCAAGGUCAAGCUCACCUGGGACGUCAACCCUGACGACGCCGCUCGCAAGGCUUCUAUCAACCGUGCCUUUACCGGAAGCCGCUCGCAGAUUGAGGAGAACGACCUGAAGGCCUACCUGGCCAGCGAUAGCGAAGACUCUGGCGAGGAGUUUGCGGGGUUCGAUGAUGAGGAGGAGGCGGAGGAUGAGGAGGAAGCUGCCGAGAAACCCAAGCUAUCCAAGAAGGAGCUCGCCCGUCAGAAGAUGCGAGAAGCUCUUGGCCUCGGCGCCGAGGAGGAGAAGAAGUCAUCCAAGAACGCCCCCGUCGGUGAGAUGGAGAUCACGUUCACGCCCGCUCUGACGGAGAGCAAGAAGAACAAGAAGCCCGAGGAGGAGGAGACGACGAUUGAAAAGUACCAGCGCAAGGAACGCGAGCGCAAGGAGGCGAAGCGUAUUGCCGCUCGCGCCAGACGCGAGGGCAAGAGCGGCGCCCCCGUCGCCGAGGAGGCCGAAGAGGUCGAGGCCGACGCGGACGACAGCGCGGAGGACCUCGGCUUCGACGACCCCUUCUUCACGACCGACGAGCCGGUCAAGACCAAGACUUCCGUCCGCAAGGAGGAGCGUCUCGCGAAGCGCGCGGCGCGCGAGGCGGAGGAGAAGGAGAAGGCGGAGCACAAGAAGCAGCUGGAGCUUCUGAUGGCAGUUGACAACGCGGAUGCGGCGGAGCACCUGGAUCACUUUGACAUGAAUGAGAUUAUGAAGGCGGAGAAGGCCAAGAAGAAGAAGGGCAAGGCGGCGAAGCGGUUGGCCAAGAAGGCGGCUGCCGAUGGCGAGAAGCUCGGUCUGCAGGAGGACUUCAAGAUGGAUGUCGGCGACGAUCGAUUCAAGGCUGUCUUUGAUAGCCACGAGUACGCUAUUGAUCCCAGCAACCCCAAGUUCAAGGGCACGGAGGCGAUGCAGAAGUUGCUGGAGGAGGGCCGCAAGAAGAGAAAGGCUGGUGGGGAUUUGGAGGAUGUGCCUAUGGAGAGGGAAGGCAAGAAGGCAAAGAAGGCCAAGAAGAUUGGCGGCGGCGGCGGCGAUGACGACGACGAGGAGUUGAGCAGGCUUGUUGCGUCGGUGAAGAAGAAGGCUGCGAGCAAGGCCGGCAAGAGAUGA